CUCCUCGGCUCUGAAAAUGCCCCUCUUUCCCCAGGAUGACAUCUGACAGACCUCAUACCCCCACCCCCUCAAACCCUGGCAAAUGCCCACACAUGAGCAGAUGCCCGCCAGGCAGAAGUGAUGGAGAGCAAAGCCCCGGAUGGUUCUCAGACAAACCUGAAGCUGACAGCCCACCACACACCAAGAGCAAGGUACAGUAUGGAAGUACUGUACUUCGGCUUCUGCAGAGGAGUGCAUCUUGUGCUGGAAGAUCUACUUUGGGUCUGCAUGGCCCAGGUCACCUAUUCCUGCAAGACUUCCAAUCUGUCCCACCGCCUGGAAAAGAGCUACCACAAGGAGGUCAAACUCAAGAGCUACAUGGAGCAGAUCCAAGAAGCCUUCACCACCACCUUCUCCAAACUCAGCAACCCUCACAGCACACGGUGGCCGAAUCCAGGACGCAGGUUAGAGAGUAAGAAGCACCAGGAGUUCAGAGCUACCAUCCUAGGGCUCACGUGUAAGGGUCUGUACCUGGCGUCCAUUGUGGACGAGUCUACCUUCUGAGCACUGUUGAAGAUGGCCACUAUUCUCCAGCAAGGGCAUCCCUGGGAAGUAUGGGCCAUCAGUAGGGUGGUCCUCAGUGAGCUGGCCAAUACCUCCUGGUGUGGGAUCUCCUGUGACAUGCAGAGGAGUAACAAACAGAACAGGAUUUACAUGACCCUGGCCUCCCAUUUCCUGACCAUGGGCUCUCCCAACUCCCUUUCUGAGUCCAGUUGCCUGAAGAUGUUCGAGUUGCCUGAAAACAUGGCAGGGACCAAUGUCUUCACUGAAUGGGCCACAAGCAACAAAGUGUCCAGGACCAACAUCAGACCUUGUAACAUCACUAAGGCAUGCUCCUUGCUGGACAUCUCUGUACAAAUGCCCUGCCUGAGACAGACCUUCAACAUGGGCAUCCAGCAGGUCUUCUGGCUGUCCAAGCUGGUUGGCCUCCUGGCACAGUGUCACAGGCUGGUAGAGCAUUUCUGGCAGUCUUCAGUGACCAGGUACAUGCUUUGUAAGAAGAAAAAGCAUAUGGGAGCCUGAGUGCUGGUCAGCAAACAGGUGUCCUCGUGACAGCAUCUCAAGGGGCAGCAGUUUGUCAUCUCCAGUGUCCCGAUGGAAGACAGCAACAAUCAUCGCUUGAUGCUGGAGGCCACCAAGUGGGCCACCGUCAAAAGCCUGAUAGAGCUACUUCAGCCCUUCAAGCAAAUGACCAAGAUGCUGCCUGUGUCCAUACCUCCCAUCACCGUGGUCAGACCACUCAUCCUAAUACUUCUGAACAUCAAGGAAACUGAUGCCAAGGAGAUCAGCAUGGUCAAAGAAGUCAUCACCAAGGAACCAACCAUGAUCUACCAGGGGACACUGAGUCAGCAUGUCCCCAAUGUGGCCACCUUCCUGGACCUGCACUAUAAGAUGCUGCCCUUCCUAUCCACCUUCAAGAGGCUGCAGGCCAAAGGCCUGCUGGACAAAAUCAAGUUUCCUUCACACCACCAAGGACAAAUUUACCAUGUGAUCCCCAAGGAACCUCUGGCCAAGAAGUUCAUGCUGGCUGAGUCCACACUGCUGCCACCCACCGGUAUGAUGAGCACCGUGCUGGCCAGGAUCUUCUGCCAGACUGACGGCCCUGAUGAGCAGAGGUAGCACACUCAUGUGGUGGGGGAGCUCAGCAACUUCAAGUUCCAGGAAGCACUGGCACUCAAGUGGUGGUCUGACUUCUUGGCCCUCUUCCAUCUUCCCAAGGUUCUCCCGAAGUACUGGUGUGCAGCCAACCACUUCUUCCCUGAGUGCCUCUUCAGCUCCUUGGCCAACAUGGUGAGGAGCAAGCAGAACCAGCUGUCCCUGACUCCCAUGGGCCAGUAGAUCUUCCUGUACAAGAACUUGUAGAGCAGGGCAGAGGCCAAGCCCAAGGACGAGGACAAGGAGGUAAGGGGUUUGGACCAGGAGCAGAUGUUCCCCUUGGGGGACAGGGUCAGCAGUGGCUUCUUUGGGAUGAGGGAUGCUGGCUUCCUGUAGGGACAAGA